AUGUCUACAGCCGUCGUAAACGCCGACGAUGAUCAGCUCGAGCCCACCCUCCAAUCCAUCCUCGACCAGAAGACGCUGCGGUGGAUCUUCGUUGGAGGCAAGGGAGGUGUAGGAAAGACAACGACCUCCUGUUCCCUUGCUAUUCAGCUGGCCAAAGUCCGCCGUUCUGUCCUCCUCAUUUCGACUGAUCCCGCCCACAAUCUCUCAGAUGCCUUCUCGCAGAAGUUCGGCAAGGAAGCUAGACUCAUCGAUGGCUUCACGAACCUCAGCGCAAUGGAGAUUGAUCCUAAUGGCAGCAUACAAGAAUUGAUGGGGCAAGCGGAAGAAGGUGAAGGACCAGCAGCUGGAAUGGGUGGAAUGAUGCAAGAUUUGGCAUUUGCUAUCCCUGGUAUCGACGAAGCCAUGUCCUUUGCAGAAGUCCUCAAGCAGGUCAAAUCCCUCUCCUACGAAACCAUCAUCUUCGACACCGCUCCGACCGGUCAUACCCUCCGGUUCCUCCAAUUCCCUACCGUUCUCGAGAAGGCGCUUGCGAAGAUCUCCCAACUCUCGUCACAGUUCGGCCCCAUGCUGAAUGGUCUUCUCGGUGCGAAUGGCUCUCUUCCAAACGGUGCCAACUUGAGCGAAAUGAUGGAGAAGCUGGAAGGACUGCGGGAAACGAUCGGCGAAGUAAAUACUCAGUUCAAGGAUGAGAAUCUCACCACCUUUGUCUGCGUCUGCAUACCCGAGUUCCUUUCCCUCUACGAGACUGAGCGAAUGAUCCAAGAGUUGGCAAGCUACAACAUCGACACACACUGCAUCGUCGUUAAUCAGCUGCUGUUUCCUGUUGCGGGCAGUAACUGUGAACAGUGUAAUUCGCGGCGGAAGAUGCAGAAGAAAUACUUGGAGCAAAUCGAGGAGUUGUAUGACGAGUUCAACGUGGUUAAGAUGCCGCUACUUGUGGAGGAGGUCAGAGGGAAGGAGAGAUUGGAGAAAUUCAGUGAGAUGCUGAUUACUCCAUAUGUGCCACCGGCUGGGGGGUUAUAG